GUCAAAUCGAUGAUACUUAUAUGUAUUUGUGAGAUUGAAGGAAAAACAAAUAGGAGGCUAUAGUCGCGGAUUUAUAUUUAUAAAAAUUAAUAAUACACAGAACCAUGCCUGAGUCGGACGUCACGAAAAUGAAGGUAGCCGAUUUGAAACGUGAGCUGAAGCUGCGUGGCCUCGCUAUUACGGGCAACAAAACGGAACUUCAAGACCGCCUACAGACAGCGCUACUUGAUGGUGACAUUUCAUUGGAAGAUUCAGCUAUAACGAAUGAAGAUGCACUUCUUGAUGAAGAUGCUGUAUUGACCGAUGAAGAGGAGUCGCCGAUCGCUGCAGAUGAAAACGAGCUGCUUAAAAGCCCAACCAGUACUCCAACAGCUUCCGAGCUAGCUUCGCCUUUAAACGAAAAGAAGCCAAGCACUGAGACCGCAAAUACGCCAAUUAAUCCUAAAAAAAUCAUAUUGAAGCGCAAAGCAAGUGACGGCGAUAACACUACGACAGGUCCGGAAGGUAUUGCUGUCUCAACCACAUCAAAGGAGAAUACAGAACCAUCGAAGGAAAAAGUGUUGAAAAUGAGUGAACGUAAUCCAAUUACAGUAACUGACCUCAAUUCUACAGAACCACCUAAUGCCAAAACAAACAAUGGUACGAACGCCAAAGAAGCAGCGCAUGGCAAAAAGGUUGUAGAGUUGAGUCAAAUGGAGCGUUUAGAACUACGUGCCAAAAAAUUCGGUCUGGGCACAAACUCCAGCGCAGCACCAGAUAAAGUAGUAACUAAACUGACAGGAAAUACACAAGUAAGUAGUGGCACUGGAGGACCCGUUGUAAAUGAUGCCAAACAAAUUGAGAUGCUUAAGAAACGAGCGGAACGCUUUGGUUGUGUGGUAUCUUCAAAAAUGGCUCAAAUCGAUGCGGCCGAAAAGUUGCAGAAACGAAAAGAACGUUUUGGAGCGGGGAGUGCAGCUACCGCUGGUGCUGUCGCUGGAUCCGCAAAAACAAAUGACGUAUGGGCAGAGAAGGCGCGAGCUCGUUUAGAACGUUUUAAAAACACGACAUCGGCAGGUGGCAAGAAAGUUGCUCUGGAGGCGACCAGCGAAAGUAUGGAAGGAGCCGACGGAAAAAAAGAACCCGCACCAAUAGUCACACCACCAACUCCACAAACUACAGCUGUCGGCAAUUAAGAUCAACCAUCAAUGAACUAUAAUAAUUCAUAGCAACACCGACAAAGUACUACCGUACACUAUCCAGUUCAACAGCCGAACUCGCAUGAAAUAUGCGAGUUAUAUUUUGUAUCCAUAAACACUAAAUUGCAAUCGGCAAAUGUAAGCAUAACACUUUAUAUUCAAGUGAAAAUGUAAUCUUGUUUGAAAUAAAAAUGUAUUGUUUCAAAAACA